UGCAGCAGAUGCAUCAACACAGCUGCAUCCGGUUGCACUGCUGCACAGAAUUUAGCUGCUAUUUCUUUUUUCUGCGGCUUUCUUUCACUCUAACCGACCCUAGAGAAUGUACCCAUUUACGUUAGACGCCUUAACGUCUUAUUUAACCAUAAAGUGAAACAUGGUGCCGUUGAAGAGAAGGAAAGUCUCCUCAGGUGCUGGGAAAACUGGGGAUACUUGGAGUGGAGUACCUGCCAAAUUCCCUCAGGUGCUUUUAUUCCUGUUGGAAAGGAAAAUGGGAGCCAGUCGAAGAGCAUUUCUCUCUCAGCUCGGUCAAAAGAAAGGAUUUCAGGUGGAGGAGUUGUUCAGUGAGAGCGUCACACAUGUGAUUUCUGAGAAUAACUCUGGAGAUGAGGUCAGGAUGUGGCUAGGCUCACAGAUUGGAGGUCAGUGCAGGACACCAGCUCUCCUUCUGGACAUCAGCUGGUACACAGAGAGCAUGAAGGAGGGACAUCCUGUUGAAAUCCUGGACAGACAUAAACUACAGGAGCAACAGGUUGAUGAAUCGAAGGAGGUGGAGAGUAUCGUACCGAGCUACGCCUGUCAGAGAAGGACCACUCUGGAGAACCACAACACCGUCUUCACUGAUGCGCUGUCUCUCCUGGCUGAAAGCGCUGAGCUCAGUGACGAGGACGGACGAGGCGUUGCGUUCCGACGAGCCGCCGCCGUGCUGAAGGCUCUCCACAGCCCGGUGACAGACCUGCUGCAGCUCAGAGGGCUGCCCUGUCUCGGAGGACAUUCACUCAGAGUCAUCAAAGACGUUUUGGAAAAUGGAGCAUCCAGUGAAGUGGAGUGUACAAAGCAGUCGGAGCGGUUUAAGGCACUGAAGGUGUUAACGGGUAUUUUUGGGGUUGGAUCAAAAACAGCCGAGAGAUGGAUCAGAGAGGGGAUACACAGCCUUCCUCAGUUACAGGACUCCGCACACACACUCAAUAGAGCUCAACAAGCAGGUCUGGAGCACUAUGAUGACCUCAACCAGCCGGUCACUAAGGCAGAGGGUGACGCCAUCGGAGAGAUUGUGGCUAAAGCUGUCAUGUCUGUGUUGCCAGGGGUACAGAUUACUCUGAUAGGAGGUUUCAGGAGAGGGAAGCUGACAGGCCAUGAUGUGGACUUCCUGAUAACACACCCAGAGGAGGGCAGAGAGGUGGGGCUGAUGCCUAAAGUCGUGUCCUGGUUGGAAUCAAAGGGUUUCUUGUUGUACCAGAAAACUACAAGAAACUCUUACCUGGAGUCAAAGGACGGUCCUGCUCGGCCUUCCUCCAACAUGGACCGCUUCGAGAGGUGUUUCUCCAUCUUUAAACUGCCUGAGGAUGCGAAACAAGGAACAACACAAACAGAGACACUGACAGAAGAUACACCUGAGGACACGUGUCGUCUUACAACCCCCUCGUUGGUUAAAGAUGAAGGAAGUGAGUCGACAAAACGUGCCAAUCUCAAACCAUGGAGAGCGGUCAGAGUGGACCUGGUGGUGUCGCCCAUCAGCCAGUUUGCUUUUGCUCUGCUGGGCUGGACCGGAUCAAAGUUGUUUGAGAGAGAGCUGCGACGCUGGGCGGGGCACGAGAAGGCCAUGUCUCUGAGCAGCCACGCUCUGUACGAUAACACACAGAGCAAGUACCUGAGAGCUUCAUCAGAGGAGGAGAUUUUUGCUCAUCUCGGUCUGGAGUACAUCCCUCCGUCAGAGAGAAACGCCUGACCGGAGCUGAGGAUGUCCUGCAGGAGGAACCAGCAGGUACCAUGUGAGGGUCAUACCUGCGGAGAGUGGGGGGGUUAAUGCAGUAUCAGCUGGUGGUUCAGCCCCAAAAGACAGAACUGCCCGGGGCUCUAUUGAUGCAGUCAUGUUGCUUCAGGAUCCAUGAUUAUUAGGUAACUAAAUCCAUGACUGAUUCCAAAAUAAUACCAUUUUAUAACUAUAAGAUUUUAGAUCUCUGAAAAGCUACCAUCAACUAUUUUAUCCACGGUUACCACAAUCGAAGCGUUUGAAAACGCAAGAAGAUGGAAUAUGAAAAAUAUGAUGAAGGAAUGCUGAACAUUUUCCCUCAUAACUUUUUACCGGAUUAAAAAUGUAACUUUUUUGUUCGUCAACGCGGAAUUUUGUGUGCGGAAUCCUCAGUGUUGUCCUCCCGCUGCUCCGCUGAACUGGCCUCUAAAAAUGCAUGAGAGUAGCUGCGUUUUUAUGGCCUUUUAUUGGCUUUUUUUGCCCUGUUUGCACAUUAAUAUGAACUGAAUUCCAGAAAUUGAAUUUUGAAGCAAUAUUUGCACUGUAGGGAACCUGUGUUAGUGGACUAGUCAACUCGGCUUAGACUAAUACAGUGUAGUACAGCAGUCCUUUAAUAAAUCACCUACGAAGGCAAUGCUUUUCAGUUUGUGUUAAAACGGUUUUAGAGAGAUGUUUAUUCAACGUUAUGAUCAUUUUGGAUGCAUUUUGUUUUAGCUGUAGUUCUGGCAAAGGAGUGAAGGCAUCCUCAAUUAAAAUGUUUGAAAAUGAUAUAUAAUAAAUGCUCUGAUCUUGCUGCUUGCUGAAGAAGGUAUUUGUUAUAAGCUGCUGAACUUUACAAUCUGUUCUUAAUACAAAUCCAAUGAAAAGACAACAAUGUGAACCUCAUGGUGGCGCUAGAGGAAAAGUCAGGGGCUGCUUCCUCAAUAACAUGUUAUUUAAAUGCAUGAGAUAGUUUGGUCUGGACCAAAUGGGUCGACCAAGUGACUAAUAUAGGGGAGUUUUUAUAUAAUUUAAUUUUCUCAAAAGAACGAAGAAAGGUGCUCCUGUUCCAUAAAGACAGAUAUGGUUAAUGCAGUCAAAGUGUGAUGGGAAUACAUCUGCAGCCCAGCUGAAGAUAAUGUUAAAAAAGAAACAGGAUAACAGUUUGACCUGAUCAAACACCAACAGAGCUGAACAUCGAAACACGCUAUCUGUCGUUUGACAAGGAAAUACAGAUUCCAAGAUUUCUUUUCUUUCAUAUCUGUACAACUCGUGUUCUUCUUAUACAGAGUGACAGGAUAUUUUACCAUCCUGUCUUUGUAAAGUGUUCAAGGAACAUUUCCCCACAGACACACCUGUGUGCUACUGAUCUGUAUUCUACAACGUCUGUUCCAAAAGAAAGCCACACAGCAGAGAGACCACAAGUGAUCUCCGGGAAAAGAACAGGAAGUCAGUGACAAUAUAUUUUUAAAAAAAUGUUAUGCUGCUUCAUACUGCUACUCAACUUCAUAUCAGGGGGAAUAUUAUCUUUACUACACAACCUUUUUCUAAAGCUACAGUCACUGGCAUCGUUUGAGUUAAUAUGGAGAUUUUACAUUAAGAAACCUGCUUUUAAAAUACAACAUACAUAUAAAGAAUAAGCCAGUGGUUCCCAAACGUUUAGAGUGUGAUGAUAUGUCUAUGAUUUGUUAACAGAGAGUCAGACAGUCAGAAAUCAGCGAGGUGGAGUAACCGUUCAAUAAAGGACAAAAUGUGAAUACAAAUGUAUCAUAUCUUCUCUCUUCUCAUUAACCAACUUCUGAUCCCUCAGAUUUAACUGGUGACCCUCUAGGUUGAAAACAUUUGAACUAAACUAGCUAACUUGUAGUCAAAGUAGUUAAAACUAGCUGACCAGAGCCGCUACAACUGAGAAAUGUUAAUCUAAAAUGUAUUCAUCUAACGUCACAUAAAACCAGUCACAAGAAGUACUUUACUGCAGAAUGAGUACAUUUACUGCGGAUAUUUCAGGGAUAUUGUUGUGAAAAUACUUAUAUAUAUAUAUGUAUACCUACGGCGAGUUUAAAGGCAGGACUUUCACUUUUAUCCGCAUACUUUUAAAUAGCAGUAUUGUUACUUUAACUUUAAUAAAGGAUCUGAGUAAUUUUUCCACCACUGAGUUCCUUACAUUGUUU